AUGGAUCCAGGGAAUGGCAAGAUUCCAUUAAUGAUGGCUGCGACCCUCUCCCCUUUCUACUUCCUCCAUCUACAAACCCUCUUAAGCACAAGCAAUUCCUACCAACCCUUCGUUUGCUCUCCCAGUCUAAUUACCCAAGAUCUCUUGUAUACUUGGAAAAUGUACUUCUCUCCAGCUUUUAUCGCUGUCGCAGCACCUUUCCUCGCUGCCACCGUUCAGGCUGCGGCGCCUCGCCUCCCCCAUGCCAUCGCUCAGCGCCAAGCUAUGCCCACGCCGUACCGCAACGAUAGUAACUCGAACGACGACCCGGAGGGAAACGGGACUGCCACGUGGGCUACAAACAUUGACCCACCCAAUGGAGCCAACAGGAACGCCACCGCAGGCCAGGGGAUGACCGUGACGGGUUGCGGGCCAAACUCCCAAUGCCCUGAACCCACGGCCUCACCUAUGCCCCACCCAAGCGCAGGAGGCGAGGAAGAGGAAGAAGAGGAAGAACAGGAGCAACAGGAAGAACAGGAGGAACAGGAGGGACAGGGGGAACAGGAAGAACAGGAGGGACAGGAAGAGCAGGAAGAACAGGAGGAACAGGAGGAAGAAGAGGAAGAAGAGGAAGGUGCGCCGUCCCAUGGGCCUUCCCCAUCAACCGGCCAGCCCUCAUCUGGUGGAGUAUCUGGCGGAUACGCUCCAUCUGGAGGAGAGGCUCCACAUGGCGGGCAGGCUCCGUCUGGAGGACAGGCUCCAUCUGGCGGAGAGGCUCCACAUGGCGGACAGGCCCCAUCUGGACCAUCUGGCGGACAAGCUCCAUCUUGCGGACAGGCUCCAUCUGGAGGACAAGCUCCAUUCCGCCAGAUGGAGCUUGUCCACCAGAUGGAGCUUGUCCACCAGAUGGAGCUUGUCCACCAGAUGGAGCUUGUCCGCCAGAUGGUCCAGAUGGGGCCUGUCCGCCAUGUGGUGGUGCCUCUCCGCCAGAUGGAGCCUGUCCGCAAGCAGGCCCCAUCUGGACCAUCUGGCGGACAGGCUCCAUCUGGCGGAGAGGCACCACAUGGCGGACAGGCCCCAUCUGGAGGACAGGCCCCAUCUGGAGGACAGGCCCCAUCUGGAGGACAGGCCCCAUCUGGAGGACAGGCCCCAUUUGGAGGACAGGCCCCAUUUGGAGGACAGGCACCACAUGGCGGACAGGCCCCAGCUGCCGGAGGAGCACCUGAGGAAGAAGAAGAAGAAUUCCCCGAGGAAGAAGAGGAAGUCCCCGAGGAGGAGGAAGAAGUCCCUGAGGAGGAAGAAGUCCCCGAGGAAGAAGAAGAGUUCCCUGAAAAGGGUGGCGGACAUCCCAGCGGCCCCAUUGGCGGCGGAGGACAUUUUAACGUCACCCCCGGGCCCGGCCACGCGAACGUCUCGGGGGCGGUACCCUUCGUGUCGGCAGCCAGCCUCUUGAGCAGUAGUUCCGCCGCCAUUAUCGUCGCCAUCGGAUCAGUCGUCUACUACCUGUGA